AUGGCUGAUUAUCUUGCAUCAAUAUUUGGUACGGAAAAAGAUAAAGUUAAUUGUUCAUUUUUUUUUAAAAUUGGUGCAUGUCGUCAUGGUGAACAUUGUUCAAAAUUACAUAAUAAACCGACAUUUAGUCAAACAAUAUUAUUAAAAAAUCUUUAUUUAAGCUUAGAAAAUAGUUCACAAAAAGCAGAUAAAUCAUUUAUUGCUGAUGAUAUUACAGAAGAACGUAUUCAAGAACAUUUUGAUGAUACAUUUGAAGAAUUAUUUAUUGAAUUAGAAAAAAAAUAUGGUGAAAUUGAAGAAAUGAAUAUUUGUGAUAAUUUAUCUGAACAUUUAGCUGGAAAUUGUUAUGUUAAAUUUCGUUUUGAAGAAGAUGCUGAAAAAGCUGUUGCAGAUCUUAAUAAUCGAUGGUUUGAUGGACGUGCUAUUUAUGCUGAAUUAAGUCCAGUCACUGAUUUUCAUGAAGCUUGUUGUCGACAAUAUCAAAUGGGGGACUGUCCUCGCGGUGGAUUUUGCAAUUUUAUGCAUUUGAAACCGAUUUCAAAAGAUUUACGAAAGCGUUUGUAUCAACGUCGUCAAAAAAAGUCUCAUGGUGAUUCUAGAUCUCCACCUGGCGGUGCUCGUUCUCGUUCUCGAUCACGUGAUCAAGAUCGUCGACGAUAA